AUGCCGUGGCUUCUCAGCAAGAAGCGACGGCAGUCACCAUCCAGCACCACCAGUGGGCAGCCCCGGGCUGCCACCAGCUCCACCAGCGCCUCCGAGCUCAGGGAGAACGGGCUGGGCAGGCUGCACCGCGCGGCCGCCCGCGGCGACCUGGCCUGGCUGAGGCGCUGGCGCUGGUAUGUGAAGGUCGUCGGCAUCGACAGGCGAGACCAGGAGAUGCGGACACCUCUGCAUCUCGCUUCGGCAAAUGGCCAUGCAGAUGUCCUUAGAUAUCUGCUAAGAAAGAACAGCCAACCGAAUCUCGCUGACAACUUGAAGAGAACGGCACUGAUGAAGGCAGUACAGCAGGAGCAGGAAGAAUGUGUUGCUAUUCUGCUGGAACACGGUGCCGAUCCGAAUCUGGCAGACGCUGGCGGCAACACUGCCCUUCACCUGGCUGUCCUGUCUAAAAAUACAGCUGUAGCAGGGCUGUUACUCGAGCAUAAUGCCAGUAGUGAUGCUCAGAACCAGAUGGGAUUUACUCCCUUAAAACUUGCAGCCCUCCUACAGCAUGAGGAGAUUCUGGAGUGCCUUCUGAAAAAAGCAGCGGACAGGCAUGCUCAAGCCCAAUUUGAAAGGACUGCUUUUGUGGUUACUGGAACCCAUGAGGCUCACCUGGAGGAAGAUAAUCUGCGCUUGCAGGAGGAGUUGGACAGGGCUGACACGGAGCUGCAGGAGGAGGAAGAAAAGCAUCUUCAGUCUGAGCAUUGCGUUCGUGACUUGAAGACUGCCUUGGAUGAUAAAGAAAGAGAAGCAAUAACUUCUUCCCCAAAACUGCAGGACCUCCUGUUGGCAUCUUCCGAGACUAAUACCACUCUAAAACAACUGGAAGAACACGUGCAACACCUUGAAAUUGAAAAGACCAGAUUGGAAGCCACUGUCCAGCAACAAAGCAAUAGGAUUGAAGCCCUUCAGAGAGACCUGCAAGCCUCUGCCUCAGUUGGUGAACUUUCCCAGCAGCUGGACAUGCAGCUAGAGGCCCAAAACCAGACUUUGCAAGAAGAGCUGUCCACUCUGCGUGGGAAGUAUGAAAAACUGGAGAAGAGCAAAUGCCAGCUGCAAGAAGAAGUGACAAAAGUCCAUCAUCGUUUGGAGACUUUCGUGCUGGAUGGCAGCCAAACAGCACAAUGUAAAAGAGAGGUGGAAGAACGAGCUGACCAGGAAAUACGUCAAAAGCCACAAGACGUCAGUCUCGUUCUGCAAGCACAGGCAGCCUCCCAGGCUCGAUUAGGACAAAACGGAGACAGUCAUUGCGAUUCAGUGAGAAUCCAGUUAGAAGAAAGAAUUAGAGAUCUCGAAAGUGAACUGGACAGGGUAAAGAAAACCCAACAAGAGAGGGCCUCUCAUAAAGAAGCAAUGCGAGGAGAAAUGGAAAUGUACAAAGACCUGUAUCUGGAGGAACUGAAAACUAGAAGAUGCCUAGAGAAGAAACUGGAAAG